UCUGUGCGACGAAUAUAGGGUAAAGGUUUCACGGGUUACAGCUGCAGAGGUAACUCAGUUGGAGAAGUUAUGUACAAAACGAUGAACCUCAACAGAAUCCUUGCUUUGACAAAAACAGCUAAGCUCGGGAGGACAUUACUCUCCAGCAGAGCCGGUAAAGAGCUGACCUCUCGGUUUCACGUGCCUCACCGCUGUGUCCAGACGAGCUCCAGGAGUUUAGCCUACGCCAAAGAUCUGUUCCUGGGGAAAGUGAACAAGGAUGAAGUCUUUCCUUAUCCAGAAAUCAGUAAUGAAGAAUUAGAAGAGAUUAAACAGUUCGUUGCUCCGGUGGAGAAAUUUUUCAGCGAGGAUGUGGAUUCUAAGAAGAUUGAUGAGGAGGCGAAAAUCCCUCCUGAAACCUUGGAUGGGCUGAAAGCACUGGGGCUGUUUGGAAUCCAGGUGCCUGAGGAGUAUGGCGGCCUCGGUCUCUCCAAUACCAUGUACGCUCGGCUGGGAGAGAUCACAUCCCUUGAUGGAUCUAUUGCGGUCACACUUGCAGCACAUCAGGCCAUUGGAUUAAAGGGAAUCCUGUUGGCUGGAACUGAGGAGCAGAAAGCCAAAUACUUGCCCCGACUGGCUUCAGGAGAGCAUGUAGCAGCGUUCUGUCUGACUGAGCCGGGCAGUGGAAGUGAUGCUGCCUCUAUUCAGACACGGGCUACUCUGACAGAAGACGGGAAACAUUUCCUGCUUAAUGGCUCAAAGAUCUGGAUCUCCAAUGGAGGGAUGGCGGACAUCAUGACAGUUUUUGCAAGAACUGAGGUGAUGGACAAGGAUGGGCAAAAGAAAGACAAGAUUACAGCCUUCAUUGUGGAGAGAGCGUUUGGUGGGGUGACGAGCGGCAAACCAGAGGACAAGCUGGGAAUCAGAGGCUCUAACACAUGUGAAGUCGCGUUUGAAAACACAAAAGUGCCCAUAGAGAAUGUGAUUGGUGAAGUUGGUGGUGGAUUUAAGAUUGCUAUGAACAUCCUGAACAGCGGGAGGUUCAGCAUGGGAAGUGCGAGUGCAGGAAUGAUCAAGAAGCUGAUUGAGAUGACGGCAGAAUAUGCAGGCACAAGGAAACAGUUCACGAAGAACCUUGCUGAGUUUGGGAUGAUUCAGGAAAAGUUUGCCAUCAUGGCCCAGAAUGCAUUUGUGAUGGAGAGCAUGGCAUAUCUGACCGCUGGCUUGAUGGACCGGCCUGGAGUUCCUGACUGCUCUGUAGAGGCAGCCAUGGUGAAGGUCUUCAGUUCUGAGGGUGCUUGGGUUUGUGUGAGUGAGGCAUUGCAAGUUUUAGGAGGAGUUGGAUAUACCAAGAACUACCCUUUUGAGCGCUACCUCAGGGACUGUCGAAUCCUGCAGAUCUUCGAGGGAACAAAUGAGAUCCUGAGAAUGUACAUUGCUCUCACCGGAAUGCAGUAUGCAGGCAAAAUCCUAACAGGAAAAAUCAAGGAGAUGAAAAAGGGGAAUGUCAGUGUGGUGUUUGAGAUUUUGGGGAAGAAGCUGAAGGAGUCUCUGGGGAGGACCGUGGACUUUGGCCUGACGGGCAAGGACGGUGUGGUUCACCCCAGUUUGACGGAGAGCGCUAAGAUGUUGGAGCAGAACGUGGCCUUGUUCGGCUCCACUGUAGAAAGCCUGCUCUACAGAUACGGAAAGACUAUAGUAGAUGAGCAACUAGUGCUGAAGAGAGUUGCCGAUACACUGAUUAACCUCUAUGCGAUGACGGCAGUGCUGUCCCGUGCCAGCCGCUCCAUCAGCAUCGGUCUCCGCAACCACCAACAUGAGGUGCUGAUAGCAAACACCUUCUGCACGGACGCUUUCUUCAAAAACAACUACUGGAUGACUCAGCUGCAACGAGAUUCUCCAGAGAACAAUGAUGCCAACAUUAAGAAGAUUGCCCAGGAAGUCCUGGAGAAGCGAACAUAUAUCUGCUCCCACCCUCUUGAAAGAACGUACUGAUGCGGCACUUAUGGCUCUAGGUGUUACUGUACUGCAUUCUGAUUGGAUGUUAGGCAUAUUCUGGAUGAUUCCGGUUUAGGUCAACUAAAUUUGUCUAAAGGUCCAUGUGUUAAUUUAACUGAAUAUGCAAUCUACCACCUUGCUCUUAUCAAAAUGUAUCAUUGUAAAUACUAGUCUCCAUAUUUUAAAAUACAAAACGGCAUUAGUAAGUGAAAAAAAACUGUGACAACAUUUUCUACUGGUUAAUUCUUUUUUUUUAAUCAACAGGGAUGUAUAUGAUAUAAGAAACAAUAACACUUCUUCAUACGCAAUAGCUCUGAAGCCUGGAGCUGUACCAGCCUUUUUACUUGAUGAGAACAGCAACACUGUUAUAGGUCCUCAUUUCUAUGACAUUUUGCUUGUGUUGGGUGUUUAAAUCUGUGUUCGUGUUGGCGGUGUUCUGAGGUGUUUGAAAGACAUGCAAACUUUUUUCUUCAUCUCUAAGAGGCAGGGCAGUUCGCUUGUGUUGAAAGGAGUGUGGCCUCCAGUAACGCCUGUUAAAAUAAACCUUCAAUUACUACUUUUUACUAGUUUAUUCUUAUCCUUUGAUCAAACAAUCUUGAUAAAAUGGAAUUUUUUUAGCCAUUGAUUGUUAGUGGUAGUUAGUGGUCUUCUGGUAGUUUCUAAACCAGAGGGAGGAAUCAAACAAACUACUCACCCAAACUGGCACUUGCUGUGUUCACUAGCAGGUCUUGGAUAUGUCUGUGUGUCUGACGAAUCCAGUUUAUCUUCCUGCUUUGUGUUAGUAUAUGGCAUGGGCUGAAAAUACACGGAGUGGUUACACUGUUCUGUUUCUGGUGUGUAACAGUUGAAUGAAACCUGUCGUUUAAUGUAUAUUAAAUCAAACUGUGUGAGUAUAAAGGAUUUUGCAAAUUUGA